AUGCAGGUUCCUGGCAUGUUGGACUGCGAAGGGGAAGGCUGGCCCCAGGAGUGGCGCACUUUUCGGUUGGCUGCCACGCAGGCCGCAGAACGAGGCUUUGCACGAUCUGCGGUUCUGGAGCAGAUGGCCGCCGAGAUUGAGAACAAGUGGGGUCACUGGCUAUGCCCCCGGCAGAAGUUCGGAGAGCAGUGCCAAAAGAGUUCGGACCUGAGCUUCGGCUUCAUCCCCGAACUGCACAGAGAAUGCCGCGGCUCCAACAAUUUCGA